CUCUUCGGCUACGUUAGGCCGCGGACCCGGAAGAGCAUCCAUGGAGCCGGGACUACCGGUCCGAAGAACGGGUAUGGCGCCGCUCCUGGAGUAUGAGCGGCAGCUGGUGCUGGAACUGCUCGACGCGGACGGGCUGGUAGUGUGCGCCCGCGGGCUCGGGGCGGACCGUCUCCUCUGCCACUUCCUCCGGCUGCACUGCCACCCGGCGUGCCUGGUGCUGGUGCUCAACACGCAGCCCGCCGAGGAGGAGUAUUUUAUUAGUCAGCUGAAGCUAGAAGGAGUUGAUCACCUCCCUCGCCGUGUAACAAAUGAAAUUGCAAGUAACGGUCGCUAUGAAGUUUAUACACAAGGUGGUGUUAUAUUUGCAACAAGCCGAAUACUUGUGGUCGAUUUCUUGACUGAUAGAAUACCUUCAGAUUUAAUUACUGGUAUCUUGGUUUAUAGAGCUCACAGAAUAAUUGAGUCUUGUCAAGAAGCAUUCAUCUUGCGCCUCUUUCGCCAGAAAAACAAACGUGGUUUUAUUAAAGCUUUCACAGACAACGCGGUUGCCUUUGAUACUGGCUUUUGUCACGUGGAAAGAGUGAUGAGAAAUCUUUUUGUAAGGAAGUUAUAUCUGUGGCCAAGGUUCCAUGUAGCAGUAAACUCAUUUUUAGAACAGCACAAACCUGAGGUCGUAGAAAUUCACGUUUCUAUGACACCUGCAAUGCUGACUAUACAGACCGCGAUACUGGACAUUUUAAAUGCGUGUCUUAAGGAACUGAAAUGCCAUAAUCCAUCACUUGAAGUAGAAGAUUUAUCUUUAGAAAAUGCUAUUGGAAAACCUUUUGACAAGACAAUCCGCCACUACUUGGAUCCUUUGUGGCACCAACUUGGAGCCAAAACUAAAUCCUUGGUUCAGGACUUGAAAAUAUUACGAACUUUGCUGCAAUAUCUUUCUCAGUAUGAUUGUGUCACAUUUCUUAAUCUUCUGGAAUCUUUGAGAGCAACUGAGAAGGCUUUUGGUCAGAAUUCAGGUUGGCUGUUUCUUGAGUCUAGUACCUCAAUGUUUGUAAAUGCUCGAGCAAGGGUUUAUCAUGUUCCAGAUGCCAAAAUGAGUACAAAAAGUAAAAUGUCUGAGAAAAUGGAGAUUAAAGAAGAGCAAGAAACAAAAAAGGAACUGGUUCUAGAAAGCAACCCUAAGUGGGAAGCCCUAACUGAGGUACUGAAAGAAAUUGAGGCAGAAAAUAAGGAGAGUGAAGCCCUUGGUGGUCCAGGUCAAGUACUCAUUUGUGCAAGUGAUGACCGAACGUGUUCCCAGCUGAGAGAGUACAUCACUACCGGAGCAGAGGCCUUCUUACUGAGACUCUACAGGAAAACCUUUGAGAAGGAUAGCAAAGCCGAAGAAGUGUGGAUGAAAUUUAGAAAGGAGGACAAUUCAAAGAGAAUUAUGAAAUCUAACAAAAGACCCAAAGACCCCCAAAACAAAGAAAAAGCUUCUACCAAAGAAAGGACUCUCAAGAGGAAAAAACGAAGGUUGACUUUAACUCAAAUGAUGGGGAACUCUGAAGAACAUAAAGGCGAAGAGCAGGUGGAGGAAGGCUAUCCUAGAGAAAUAAGCAGUAGCCAAGAAAUCGACUUCGAAGGAAUCAAGCACGAAGAAUUUGAUUUAAACUUGUCAUCCGAUGCUGCUUAUGGAAUCCUGAAAGAACCCCUCACUAUCAUCCACCCGCUCCUAGGUUGUAGUGACCCCUAUGCCCUAACAAGGGUACUCCAUGAAGUGGAGCCAAGAUAUGUCGUAUUGUAUGAUGCUGAGCUAACAUUUGUUCGUCAGCUUGAAAUUUAUAGGGCAGGCAGGCCCGGGAAACCUCUGAGGGUUUAUUUUCUCAUAUACGGAGGUUCAACUGAAGAGCAACGCUAUCUCACUGCUCUGCGGAAAGAAAAGGAAGCUUUUGAAAAACUCAUAAGGGAAAAGGCUAGCAUGGUAAUCCCUGAAGAAAGAGAAGGCAGAGAUGAAACCAACCUAGACUUGGCAAGAGGCAGCACAUCAACAAACGUCUCCACCGACACUCGGAAGGCAGGUGGCCAGGAACAGAGUGGUACACAGCAAAGUAUAGUUGUAGAUAUGCGUGAAUUUCGAAGUGAGCUGCCAUCUCUGAUCCAUCGUCGGGGUAUUGACAUUGAACCAGUGACUUUGGAGGUUGGAGAUUACAUUCUGACUCCAGAAAUGUGCGUGGAGCGCAAGAGCAUCAGUGAUCUGAUUGGCUCCUUAAAUAACGGCCGCCUCUAUAGCCAGUGCAUCUCCAUGUCCCGCUAUUAUAAGCGACCGGUGCUCCUGAUUGAGUUUGACCCCAGUAAGCCUUUCUCUCUCACGUCCCGAGGUGCCUUAUAUCAGGAGAUCUCCAGCAAUGACAUCAGUUCCAAACUCACCCUUCUUACUCUGCACUUCCCCAGACUGCGGAUUCUUUGGUGCCCUUCCCCUCACGCAACUGCAGAGUUGUUUGAGGAGCUGAAACAAAAUAAGCCACAGCCUGAUGCAGCAACGGCCAUGGCCAUCACAGCAGACUCCGAGACCCUCCCCGAGUCAGAGAAGUAUAAUCCUGGUCCCCAGGACUUCUUGUUGAAAAUGCCAGGGGUGAAUGCCAAGAACUGUCGCUCCUUGAUGAACCACGUUAAGAACAUUGCGGAGUUGGCAACCCUCGCCCAAGACAAGCUCACGAGUAUUCUGGGGAAUGCUGCAAAUGCUAAGCAGCUUUAUGACUUCAUUCACACCUCGUAUGCAGAAGUUGUAUCUAAAGGGAAAAUGAAAAAAUGAACAAUAGCAGCUGUUUUCAUAUCCCAUGAUUGCUUUCUAACGGCUCUUUGCCAGCCAGUAUAGGUCAUGAUUAAUUGUUAGCUCAGUCUUUCAUUCCUUUCCAGUGCUUGCAAUGAUCGUGCGGUCUGUUGCCUAGGUCAGUGGAACAGAAGCCAAGAGUCCUCUCUGAACUUUGCAGCAUUUUAACUUUCCCAUGUCUGCUCUCGUCCCUCCCUGCAGUGUGUAUGCCUGGUUGUAGUAUAAUCAAUUUUAAAAUGAUGUGUGUCAGCACCAGGUUGAGUUUCUACAAGUAUUUAUAGAGAACCAUUUUUGAAACAAGCAGAAAUGUGUGUUUCUUAAACACACUGGUAAAGUGUGCAAUCAUGUUCUCACCCUCUGCCUACAGAGGGGCCUGUGGACACGGAGAAGGAAACAUCUUUCUGCAGCCCCUGGCUAGUUCUCUCCCCCACAUUUCCCUCAUCUCCAUGUUUCUUCCACCUGUCUGCCUCUUAGAAAAAUUCCUGGGGACUUCCUCCUAAUAAUUUAAAACAGCCACCUCUACAACUAGCUCCUUGGUUUUCUAAUCACUUGAGUAUAUGUAGCGUGUAUUAUAACUUGAUUGUUCAAAAUCAGUAUUUUUAAACAUAAAUUACCUGUUUAUAAAAUUUGAUGGUGUGGAUGAAGGAGCCUUUAGAAUUCUCAGUUUUUACAGAUAGCCAACCUCCUAAAAUUCACAGAGAUCUCUAAGCCCAAAUGGCUAGUUAGGGCAUCUCUUUAAGACUUCCUCUUUUCCCAACUUCUCACCCCCUGUCCUAAGACCACCAGCAUUGUGUCCCCUGGAAACACAACACAAGCUCAUCCUCUCUCUGGUUCUCCACUUCUCACGUUCCCUCUCUGCAGGAGGGCUCGAAUGUGAGCCAGUGAGUGGCCCAGAGUGGCCCACAGAGCUGUUAAGGUUGGAUUUUCCUUCCUUGAGUUGUGAUAAAAGGAUUGUAAGCAAAUGGAAGAUCAAUGCAUAGAAAGUAUAAAAAGCUUCCAUAAAGAAAAUCUCAUUCUAAACCUUCUCCUGAGUGAUUUAGUUUAGCCUUUUACUGAAGUAUACGUACAGGACAUUCAUAGCAUCUUUGGGCAAUUUUAAAACUUUUAUAUUUAAACAUUAUUAAUUUAAGCAAUUCACUUCUUUAGAAAUCAGUAAAUUUUCUACCUCAAGAGCUGAUGAAGACAUCAGUCCUGCUAGCCAUAUCCCAGUUUAACUUUUCAUCCAUGUCAGCCAUUUUUUUGUUUGUCCCACUUGGUAUAUUUAAAAUAUGCAGUGGCCCACGUAGCUCACACUUGUCUGUAACUUUAACAAAAGUACUUUUAACUGUCAUUUCCAAACUCUUUCUCUCAUAUCAGCAUCUUGGUUAUUAGUAUUGAACCGUGUUUAUGGGUUUUUGAACUCUGUACAAGGAUACUUGCAGGAGUGAAUUCAGGAGUGUCACUAACCGUAUUGAUUAAUAGAGAACUCUGCAAGGUAAUUUGGAGAGUAGGGCAGAGGACAAGAAACAAAAAUCAGUUUAAGGCACAAUAAAGAUCUGGGCUCCUAAUUUUAUCCCAAAAUUAAAAAUGUAUCCUCUAGAAUAGAAAACAGAAAUGUAGAGUACAAAUCUUAACCUUCACUUUGGUAUUGGUUGAAGAGUUCAAUCAUAGUUAAAAAUACAUUAAAAUAGACAUACCACUUCAAAUGGUAAUGAUAGCUAUUAUAAUUUUUUUCACUCUUUUCUAGCAUUUCUGCUUGUGGUAUGUAACUUCUGGUUUUUUCUUGUAUAAUUCCACCUGCCUUGUAUAAUUCCAUAUAUGAAAGGGAAAUCUUAAACUGCACAUUCUUUGAUAAGAAUUUCAUUCCACGUUAAGUUUUCAAAAGCAGUUUCUUCUUAAAGCUACCAUUUUAAACAGUCCUUGUUAUCUAGUGCAACAUAGUUAACAGUCUCAGUUGUAUUUAGUACUCCUGGUCCUUGGCUCGGGAAUUCUUCUGCUUGCUGUUGUCUCUAAUGGUCACCUGAGGACAGAUUCGCUAGUUCACGUGCAGUUCAAUUAUGAAAGAGACUUUCUCGUGAACUCUAAAAUGGUCAUUAUGGGUCACAGGCUCUCUUCCAACUAAAUAAAUGUAUCCCAGCGUAUUCCAGUUGUGGAAAGUUUUAAAUACAUUCAUCAAGUAUUUUAUAAAAUUUUUUUGCAAGUUUUUUCAAUCUAAGAAUCUGGUUAAGGAGCUAGAAGUGCACACAGUUGCAGAAUUAAUGUAUUACCUUUUCUAGCAUCAUUUUGCUAACUUUGCUUUUUUCUUUUAAACUAUCAUCUAACUUAAGACUUCAUUUUUAGGUUUCUUAAAACCUUUUUUAAAAGCUAGACCAACAUUAUUGUUCUAUUUUACAAGUUUUUUGCAUAAAAAAAUUGAACAUAUGAAAUAUUGUGUGAAAUCAUUUUCGAUUUUACUUGUUUAAAUCAUGUUAUUUAUCUUAAAAUUAUACAAGAAGAAAUCCUUUGUAAUGGUGGCAAUAAACAAUGUCCUUUUGGCAAUUACUGUUUUUUCAGUUUGAGGCUUUGUGAACUAAAUGUGUACGUCUGUCUGAGUACAUGCAGGAUGCAGCUUCCCAGCUCAUGAGGGACUGAAAAUAAUUGUCUAAUUCCUCAGCCCAUUGGGACGUAGAGGGUUAAGUCUAGAUUUGGUCAUGUUGAGGUUAUAAAGCAUAGAAUUAAUAAAUGGCCUUCAGCGUGAAAACCUACACGAAAGCAAAUCUGAAGAAGGAACGGGGAGGGAGGCAGACGUCACUGGUCUUUGUUUUCAAGCAUAACUUGAUUUUCCUUUGGCUCAGAAAACUUUAGGGAAAUUCCCUUUUGUGUUCAGUUUAACCUAGAAAACCCGACAUUCUAGGAAAAUUCUUUUUCUGAGGCUCAAAUAUAUGAAAAUUCAUGCAGGCUUUAUUUAAUAUGAGUGUCAUUUGUCUUUAUUCUGUUGCUUUCUGUUUUGAUUUGUAGCUGUUUCCUGUCCAAUUCUGAACUUCAGCACUUAAUUUCCCAUCUCGUAAUUGGGAUUUUGGUGGCCUACACCACUACGUUUUUUAAGUUAAGGGUAUUUAGGUCAAAAUUUGGGUGGGAGGGAGACACAACUGAUUUGUAUCAGUUGUAACAGUUGUGUAUGUGUGUUUUUAAGAAAAUGGAUAUUCAAUAUUUUCCUUAACAUUUGGUGGGCAAAGUGCAAAUAAUGUGUAGUGAAAGGCCGUAGAUUAACAGCAAUGUGUUGGUAAAUAUAAUUUGAAAUUCAGAGAGUAUUUGAUUUUUUUCUUUUUCUGUUAUGCAGAAUAAAUUAUUAAAGUUGAAAUGCACUUUGAACCCCUACUUUUGACGUUUGACUUUCUUGAUAAUGCAUUUUCUAAGGCUUCGGUGUAUUUUUCUUUGGGUUGUUUUCCUUUACUGCUUUUCAUUUUGUAAGGGGGGUUGGAGAUUCUUCUUCUGAAAAUACUCACUUGUUGGUAUGUAAUGAGUAUGGGUAGGCACAGUGCCUGAGACAUCUUAACAAAGGUUAGUCCCUGCCGCCCGCCCCCCACCUCAUGCAUCUUUGUUUCCUUGAUGUCAGAGGUGGAAGAAGUGAAUGAUCCUUUCGACACAUCUGGAAUUUUAUUGUAAUCUCUUAAACAAGUUUAAUUAUUAGCUCGCUAAUUGGCUCAUUUCAAUGAUUUAGAUAUUUCUGCUGCUUUAAAUGUAGAACUGAUUCCCUUUUUAACAAGGUGUAAGGUUAUUUCUCAAAAUGUUUUAAUGUCUUACGUAAAGACUUUCGGUAGAAUAACGAACCCUUUCUUAGUAGUAGUAAUAUAACCCAUUUAUUGAGCACUUCUGCAUUAUUUAAUCCUCGUAACAAAGCCUAAGGUAGGUGCUGUUACUGUCCUGUGUCACAGUGAUGAAAUGGAGGCACGGAGAGGUUAGAUAACUUGCCCAGAUUCACCCAGUAGUAAACGGUGGAGCCCAAGCAGUCUGACUCCAGAGCCCUUGAGGAAUGUCGGGGGACUGUAGUUUGAUAUAUCUAAUUACAAAUAUGUCAUAAAGCAAAUUGGUUUGUUUUCAUGCCUCUUAGAUAUCAGCGUCAAGAGCAAGAACGCAAAACGUGGAAACAGGUGAGUGAAUACUGAGUGCUGUUUCUGUGUAGUGCUGGAUGUUGUAGCCUUCACCGCCUGGGGACUGUCUCACUGUCUAGGGGUUUCCACCCUUUUCUGACGAGGAAGAAGUCUGCUUCACAACUCUCUAAGAACAGAAGUUACCUUGUAGAAAGCGGAUACCAACAACGGUGAUUCUUGUCCAGUAGCAGUGCCAAGGUUAUUGCCUAGGGGGGCAUGAACCAGUUUAACCUUUAUUAGCAAAUUUAUUUCUGCAUUCCUUCGACUGGCCAACCAUAAAUCUCCACAUCCUCAGAUUGUCUUUUGAACCAAUUUUAACAUCUUACUGGUUUCCUCAUUAAUUAAGUUGAAUAAAAUUUGACUUUCUUUUUUACAUUUAUAUGAGAGUCAUAUUUGUAAUUUUUUGAAAAUUAAUAGUAUUGCCAGCAUGAGCUCCCGUAUAAGGUUAAAUCUAUAUUUCCAGUCUCAAACAUCCAAAAGGGAGUCCCUGGGUGGCACAAAUGGUUAAGCACUCUACUACUA